CAGUAUUAGCAAAGGGGAGAAUGUAGGUAAUGUGGAAAAUAGUGUGUGUUUGCAUGAAAGUCGCAUGAAAAACUCAGCUCACAGCUCACGACUACUACAAUAAGCAGGAGUGGAACUCCAGGAUGGAGCAGGAGGAGUUACAGCCCCUCCACAUUAAAGAGGAAGAGGAGGAUCACAGCAUCGGUCAGGAGGGAGAGCAUCUCGAAAGACUGGAGGAGUUCCCAGUGAUUGGUGUACUUGUGAAGAGUGAAGAUGAUGAAGGUGAAAGUGAGGAGAAGAGAAAGGUGGAGCCUCCAAGCAGCAGCUCAACUCAACACAUGACAACAGAAGCUGAUGGAGACCACUGUGGAGGAUCACAAGCACACAACCUCUUAGCUCCACUAUCAGAUAGUGACGACACAACGUCACACUCUCCUGACACUGAUGAUGAAGACUCUGAAGCUGAUAUGACAUGUCACACGGACAACACACGCUGGAAAUGCUCUCAAUGUGACAAAACUUUUGGCAAGAAGAGAAAUCUGAAAAUACACAUGAGACAACACACCGGCGAGAAACCUUUCGCCAUGCAUCAAGGGCUCAUUGAUAAGUCAUAUUUGAAAGAACAUGCAAGCGUGCACACUGGAGAGAAACCUUUUUCUUGCACCAUGUGUGGUAAAAGAUUCUCUACAAAAUUCUAUUUAAAAAGACACUCAAGAGUACACAUCAUAGAGAAACCCUUUACUUGCACAACGUGCGGCAAAGGAUUCUUUCGUAAAGGUAAUUUAAAAACACAUAAACGAGUACACACUGGAGAAACACAUUUUUGCUGUUCGGUUUGUGGUAAAGGAUUCAAUCAUGAAGGCAAUUUAAAAACACACUCAAGAAUACACACUGGAGCGACACACUUUCCUUGCUCAGUGUGUGGGAAAAGAUUUGUUCAUAAAACUAAAUUAAAAAGACAUACUAGAAUACAUACUGGAGAGAAACCUUUUCCUUGCAUGGUGUGUGGUAAAAGAUUCUCUCGAAAAGAUGAUUUAAAAAGACACACAAGAAUACACACUGGAGAGAACCUUUUUUGCUGCUCAGUUUGUGGCAAAGGAUUCAUUGCGAAGUCACGUUUGAGAGAACACACAAGAAUACACACUGGAGAGAAACCCUUUUCCUGCUCAGUUUGUGGGAAAAGUUUCUCUCAGAAGAUGGCUUUGAAAGGACACACAAGAACACACACCGGAGAGAAACCUUUUUCCUGCUCAGUUUGUGGUAAAAGUUUCUCUCAGAUGAUAACUUUGAAAGGACACACAAGAACACACACCGGAGAGAAACCUUUUUCCUGCUCAGUUUGUGGUAAAAGUUUCUCUCAGAUGAUAACUUUGAAAGGACACACAAGAACACACACCGAAGAGAAACCUUUUUCCUGCACGGUUGGUGGUAAAAGUUUCACUCGGAAGAUAGGUUUGACAGCACGCACAAGAACACAAACUUGAGAAAAAACAUUUCUUGUUCAGUCAGUAUUUAGGGCCGUAUGAUUUCCGUGUUAACGGAAUCGGCCAAUAAAAACGGAAUCUCCUGUUAAAACAGAAUCGGGGGGGGGGGGGCACAUACUGUGAAUUGAAUGCUGUCAGCUAUCAUGUACAGUAUAAACUCACUUUUCUGUUUUUUGACUUGACAGUUAUACAAUGAUUUUUUUUUAUUUGCAAACAUUGACUGUGUAUUUACAUCAAUGAUGGACAUAUACAGUGCAUAUUUACAUAAGGGAGAGGGUUAAAAUCUAAAUCUAUUGAUCAAAUGCGGGGGAAAAAAAACAAGAUAGUGACAAAUAUUAGUCGUACAUUAAAUCUUCAAUAAAAAAAACAUACACACGGGGUUUGCAUGGGUUUCUUUGGCACAACAGUCCUUAUGUGAAACAUGAACACGUCUUUCUCUUUUCUACCCAUUCCACCUAUAAAGCUCUCCAAAAUAACGCCAACAGUGUUCCAUUUACAUAAGAUGACCUUCAUAGUAACCAAGCUACAGCAACAUUGUUAUUGUAGGAGUUAACACCAAAGAACUACUUUUCCGGCGUAGUGACACAGUACCUCAGACCACUACCGAGGGGUAACGUAAGCUACUUGAGCUGCUGUUGCAUCGCCUGUGAGUUUGGAAAAUGUAAUGCUAGGUUAUAAAUUAUGCCUCGCACGUGUAUAGCAGAAGCUUGUGACAAUAAGCUGAAAAGUUGGUCAACUUUAAGGUUCCACAUGCUACCAAUUAAACAUCCGGAAAGACUGAAGCAGUGGAUACUGACUCUCAACUUAGACCCGGUGACAUUGCAAGAUACAGCCAUCCCAUCAGUCGGCAUCCCGGUGAAAGCGGCAUUGGAAGUGACUGUUUUAUGAUGCUCUUGUUUUGUCAAUGAAAUGUUUAGUACUAGUGCUACAUGCUAACGCUGAGAAUGGCUUAGUGUUUAACUAUAGCUGGAUCUGCCUAGCAGCCAGCAACCUUAUUCUCUGCCUGUGAGGAGUAAAAGUAAAAAAUAGUCGUCAUCGGCUCUCACGAAUUCAUGAUUAAGUGGCAGCAAACGCUCUCUCAAUGCUGCUGCUGUUGACGGAAGUAGAUUUCAUUGCUAUAGGCUCUGUGAAAUCAAUGCACCCAGGAAGGAUGUUCUGAUAAUGCUUAAAAUGACAAAAAUACUGUAAGUAUUGAAUGAUAAAAUGUUGUUGGAGGUUUUUGGAGAUGUUUUAAUAGAGGGCUUUAUAGGUGGGUCCCAUUAUUAGCUACCCUGUGCUAGCAGUUUUUCUCUCUUUAGAAGGCACAGAAAAGAGACCUGUGUUCAUGUAUCACAUAAGGUGUGGUGGUAAGCUUAUGUUCUAUCAGUAUUAUCGAUUAUGUGUGAACAUACUUACACGACUUGAUCUUCCUGUAGUGCAACCUUGGCUUAUUAGAAGAACUUAUUAUAAUGUGUUUAUCCAUGGCUCAAGGCUGGAGAACAAAUCCCUCUGUCUGAGAAAACAGUCAUUCUUUCCUCAAAACAAGGCCUCCGGCCGUCAUAAACACGUUGUUUUGGCGGUGUUCUUUAGGCUAACUGGACAGCGCAUAUCCUUGCACCUGCUUUCCCUUCCUGACAGACUUUGGAACUAUACUUCCUCCGCAUCCUUCGGGGAGACACGUGUGUCAGACUCCUGUGUUAUCUGUUGUCAACUGUCUCCUUCUGCAGAACAAAUAUCAAAAUGACAAAAUUGUCGUUGAGCAGUUUAUUUCUUCUCCCCACUGGUGCAAAAAGGACAUUUUCCACGACAGUGUGGCGUCACGAACAGGAUCGCUUUUGGGUCCGUGGCCACUUUUGCCAGACGAUUUUUGCCA